UGCACUCCUUCCUCGCCGGAGUGGAAGGGGCGCCUGUCCGCGUGCGAGCGCAGCCAGCGCAACGUCGGCAGAACCGAUCGCGACGUCCGUCCGACAGGAUCCUGCGCCUCUCCCUGGCCAUCCUGCGUGGGAAAGCCCGCUGCUGCGAGUGCCCGGGAAAACGCGCUAUGCCGUCGGAGUGCCGCGCCGACUCGUAGCCGUCACCCCACGAGCCUUGGAUUGUACCGCCUGAUCGCUCGAGGAGCACUGCUGCGAAGCCCCGUCAUGGACACCAAAAAGCCCGAUGAGAGGCGGUCCUGGUGGGCGCGGAGGACCAAGAUGGAGCGCUGCCUGCUGGUCAGCCUGGGCCUGGUUACCGUCAUCGCCGUCAUUCUCAUCAUCACCACCUCAGUCGCGAUGGCACGACCCCGUGAACUCACGCGACCCGGUUCAAGGCUACCGACACAAGUUUGCCGGGCGGCUGUCUGCCAAGAACGAGCGCGCCUGGUGCUGGAGUCCCUGGACGAGAGCGUGGACCCCUGCGACGACUUCUACGGCUACGUGUGCAACAAAUGGAUGCGCCAAAACCCCGUUCCGGACGACCGACCGAGGUUCAGCAUCUUCGACAGUUUACGCAUAAAACUUAUGCAUCAACUCAAAGACAUCCUAGAAAAGGCACCUUUCAAGGUGGAAAAUCAGAACGUGACGGACAAGGUCGCCAUCGCCUACCGAGCCUGCACCAACGAGUCUAUUAGCGAGGAGCUCAAGUUCGACUCCCUAAAAGAGUUCCUGAGCAGCAUGGGUUUCAGCAAGUGGCCCAUGCCGGUCGCGUGGGACUCGGCCCCUCCCUGGGAAGAAACCUUUGCACGCGUCUUCCGCAAGACGGGCCUGAGUUUCAUCAUCUCGGCUAGCGUUGUCCAGGACCUCAAGAACGCAACGUACUUCAUCAUCAGCUUGGAUCAGCCGGGCUUCGGCAUCGGUCGCAACCAGCUGCUGAAUCAGACGAGCGCCAACAACGCGCCCAUUGUGCGAGCGUACAAGACGUACGCGUCCGACAGCAUCCGCCUCUUCCAGCCCCAGAUGGGCGCCGGCGAGAGGGAGGCCGUGGUCGACGACAUCGUAAACUUCGAGUCCCAGCUGGCAAAGAUGACGCGUUCUCCAGAGGAGCGGCGCAACAUGAACUCAUUGUACCACCGCAUGACGAUGGCGAGGCUGAUGCUAGACUACCCGGAGCUGGACUGGUUGCGGUUAUUCAACAAUAUCUUCGAUGUUAUCAACAUGACGCUGACCGAAGACGAAGAGAUCGUGCUCAGAGAACCCCAAUUCUACUCAUCUGUUCUUCAGUUCCUGAAGUCUGUCAGAAGGUCGACGUUGUACAACUACGUGGGCUGGCGACUCGUUCAAGGUUUCGGGCCCCUGGCCUCGGGGCGCAUGCGUGACCUGGAGUUCGAGUUCGGGCGCGUCGUGCAGGGUGUGAGGAAGUCUCUGCCCGUGUGGCAGCGCUGCAUCGGCAUCCUCAGCGCCGUCAUGGACCACCCCGUGGGCCGCCUCUACAUCGAUAACGAGUUCAGCCCCCAGGCCAAGGAAGACAUGGUGUCGAUGGUGAAAGACCUGAAAGAGGCCUUCAGCGCUCUUCUGCAGCAAAAUAACUGGAUGGAUUACACCACGAAGAAGGAAGCCGCCAAAAAACUGGAAGGCAUCAUCGAUAACAUUGCGUAUCCCGACUGGCUCAAGAACAACACCUACCUCAACAAUCGCUACGACCAUGUUGACAAGGUUGUUCCCGAGAAGCCGUUCCUGGACAUGUACAUGAACUUUCGCCAGAACAAUAUAUUCAAGAGGCUUAAGAAGCUCCGGGAGUUCAGCAACAGAAGUGAGGAGUGGCAUUCGGGAUCUGCGGUUGUGAAUGCUUUCUACAGCCCCAACGCCAACUCCAUCACAUUUCCAGCCGGAGUUCUGCAGAGCCCGUUCUACGACUACGGGCUGCCUUCGUCGGUCAACAUGGGAGCCAUCGGUAUGAUCAUCGGCCACGAGAUCACACAUGGCUUCGACGACACAGGCAGCCAGUUUGAUUCGGACGGCAACCUUCGGAACUGGUGGACAGAAGAGACGCGCCGAAAAUUCUCCGAGCGGGCCAAAUGCUUCAUCGACCAGUACGGCAGCAUACUGGAUCCACAAGCACAAAUGCAUCUGAACGGAAUCAACACUCAAGGGGAAAACAUUGCCGACAGCGGAGGCAUUCGGGAAGCCUUUCGGGCAUACCGGAUCAGCCUGGCCAAGACCGGCAACCCGUUGGGGGUCGCGCUCCCUGGCCUCGAGAGGUUCACCAGCGACCAGAUGUUCUUCAUCUCGACUGCCACGGCUUGGUGCGCCAACACGCGAACUGAAGAGCUGAAGAAUAUCCUUCAGUAUGACUCUCACAGCCCGGCGAAAUACAGGGUCAUCCUCCCGAUGGGCAACUUCGAGGAGUUUUCCCGGGCCUUCAGCUGCUCAGCCAACUCGCGCAUGAACCUGAGCCGCAAGUGUGUGCUCUGGUGAACGACGCCGCAUCGAUGCGACGCUGCUACAACACGACACGCCUGUACAUACAUGCAUUUGCAGAAAUCUACGCGCUCAUACUAACAAUAAAACAUGAACGCUACUUGCCGCGAA